AACUAGCUGAGAGGAAGGCUACUUUGUACCACACACAGCUGUUCAUAAAAGAGGCGAGCUGAAAAGGACACGCCGCGAACAAGGGACCGAGCGCAAAACAUGACAGACAGAAUGAUGAGAGCAAUCGAUGUGAAAGGCGGGAGAGGGAGUGCCGAUGCCUUAUUUAUUAAUGAAAUACCGGUUCCUGAACCCGGGGAGACCCAAGCAUUAAUAAAAAUCAAGGCUUUCGGGCUGAACAGGAUGGAUAUAUUACAGCGUGAGGGUAAAUACCCUGUGCCCCCCCAAGCGCCUAGUACGAUGGGUGUUGAGUUCGCUGGGACGAUUGAGAAGCUCGGCCGAAACCCUGAGAUUGGCUUCAAGCUUGGAGAUGAAGUGUUUGGCCUAGCUUACGGUGGCGCCUAUGCAGAAUACAUUGCCGUCUCAACGCAUAUGUUAAUACACAAGCCCGUGGAAUUAUCGUGGGAGGAGGCAGCUGGAAUUCCUGAGACUUGGAUAACAGCCACCCAAGCCCUAUACUUGAUAGGUGGAUUUAAGCCAGGAGAUUCGGUUCUCUGGCAUGCAGGCGCUUCAUCUGUCUCCAUAGCUGGUAUUCAGCUCGCUAAAAGUGAUGGCGCAUCUGCCGUGUUCGUGACUGUAGGUUCCCAGGAGAAGAUCGACUUUUGUCUUGAUAAGCUGGGUGUCACUGCCGGAUACAACUAUAAAACCCAGGAUUGGGCAUCUGAACUUUGA